CGUGUCUGACCAUUUAUACCCACUCUCUCUCCCACUGCAGCAGCAGAGCCUACUCCACGUGGCUGCUCGGCGCGCGUGCUGCUUCGAGGGCCCAAAAACACGGAAGAAGAAGAAGAAGAAGCGGCAGAGGCCCCUCGACAACCCGGACAUCACGCUAUAUACUGUACCUAUACCAAUAGGUCUAAUGUAAAACGCGAUGCUGCACGAAUACCGUCGUCGUCGUCGUCGUCGUCGUCAUAGUCCCACCAUCAGCGCGCGGCGAAGCGAGUCCCGUACGGUAUAACAGUAUCUCGGAGCAGUACACUCGGCGCUCUCGCCACGCCAGCACCGUCCUCGCCACCGUCGUCGUCGUCGGAUUAGCAGCAAGUGGAGGAGCACGGCUCCGCCAUGUUGAGCGAAAACAACUCGCUACGGCUGCUCUUCUUCGGGUUAGACUCCCCGGCGCCGGCGUUGUCCUCCUCGUCGUCGCGAGUUAGCGACGGCGCUCGGAGUUGCAGCGACGGUGGCUCGUACUUUCUCGCGUGGUGCAGAUAGCGCACACCUGCAAGCGAACAAUAUCGUCUGUUGCCGAGCCGGUACGAAGAAGAAGAAGAAGAACAGUAUAUAUAAAGGUGGAGGUGAAGAAGAGGGGAGCAGGUUAUACCCCCUAGUGUGUAAGCGUAUACCGGCGCCGCUGCAGAUGCUCCGCUCUGGUAAGGACGACCGACGACGACGGCUGAUUGUUCCUCGCUUUUCGCGCUGUACCGCGCGCUGCUCGGAUCGGUAUGCAUAUAUCGGCGCAUACAUGACUCGCCGCUGCUUUUACAUUGCACACGUACUCGGUCAAUACAGUUUGGUCAAUUUCGAGUGAUUGGUGAUUGCCGUUUACCUCGGUUUGAAACCAAGUACAGGGCUGCGAAAGAAAAAUCGGUAUAACCUGCAGUUUUUCCCGAAGAAGAAGGAAUUUUUAAAAUAAAAAAGGAGGGGGGAGCAAACAAAAAUUAUAGUUUUGACGCCUACAUUGAGCCCGAGAAUCGGCCGAAAGAUAAAAAACAGUGUAAUGUGCUUUAUAAUUAUGUCCGAGGAGAAACCAGCCCUGUCGCACUGCCUGAUGGCCUUCUUGUUCAAAAGAAGAAAAGCCCGACGAAAGGAAAAAGAUGCGGGAACAACGGAAGACCCAAAGCUCUACCUGGAAGAGGCGGCACUCGAGCGCCAGUUGCCCGACGUGGACCUACGGGUGCUGGUCGAUUUACCACCUGGCCUCGACUACAACGAGUGGCUGGCCUCGCACACGCUCGCACUCUUCGAUCACAUCAAUCUCAUCUACGGCACUAUAUCCGAGUUCUGCACACCCACCGGCUGUCCCGACAUGACUGGUCCAGGUUUAAGAACGUAUUUGUGGUUCGACGAGAAGGGCAAGAAGACGAGGGUGGCUGCGCCACAGUACAUAGAUUACGUGAUGACGUUCACACAGCGCACCGUCAGUGAUGAAACUAUAUUUCCUACAAAAUACGCGAAUGAGUUUCCUAGUUCGUUCGAGUCGAUAGUGCGAAAAAUCCUGCGGCUACUUUUCCACGUUAUGGCACACAUUUAUCACUGCCACUUUCGGGAGAUUUCACACUUGGGGCUUCAUGUACACCUCAACUGUGUCUUCGCCCACCUUACGCUUCUUAAUCAGCGCUUUAGUCUUAUUGAUCCAAAGGAAACUGAAAUCCUUGGCGACUUAGAGGCUGCACUCUUAGGCACAGGUGACUCGGCGACUGCAUCCGGAAGUUCGCAAGCGUCGAAUGCUGUGGAAGCACCAACGACGACAUCGGGCACCUAAAAAUCAAGUCUCGAUUCAAAUGGAGAUAAAGAAAAUGAAAAAGCAAAAGUUUGAAAUUACGUCAAGAUAAUCUCUCUCUUCUGCUUCUCUCUAGAUGCUCGCUGAUCAAAAAGUGCAUGUGCGAGUGCUCAGGAGAUUCUGCUUCGUUGAGGCUAUUUGCGCUGCCUGAUUUAAUGCAGUAUUGGCUGUGUUAAACAAGACGCAUGUCGUGCUUUCAGCUUGGAGAGAAAAAGGAGAUGAGCAAUUGGUGAUAUGUAAGAACUUAAAAACGAUUCGUAUACGUGUGAGGAAAAAAAUGAAAGCUUAAAAAAGAAGAAAAAAAAAAAACAAGUAGUACCUGUAAAUAGCGAAUUAUGAAGAAGAAAGCGAGUGUACGAUGUGACUAGGUUCCUUUGUUUGCUGUUUGUGAAAUUGUACAUAAUUUAUUGCGAAAAGUGCUGAUGUAGAGAGACAAAAUUUGUUAAAGAAUUGUGAGAGUGGUGAGUGAUAAAAUACAAAUACAACACAAGAUGCAGAUAUAAUAAAUAUACACACACGUGCGUGUGUCUCUGUGUACGUAUAUGUACGUGCAUACGUGUACAUAAACAUCUAUAUACAAUACACAACACGCACCUACAUAUACAUACACAUAUGUUUCGUUCUGUAUAAAUUGAAAAUAAAACGCGAAAUAAUUAUGAUAAUAUUGUAAAGUUAUGAGAAGUAAAUAUAUACCUGGUGUUGAACUA